UAAAUUUUCAACCAAUUUUAAAACAUAAAUGGAUAAAGCUACAGCUAGACAGAUUAAAAUCAAGACUGGUGUACUUAAGAGAUCAGUCAAGGACUACUCCUACUACCAGGAAGAAGCUAAGAAGGAAGAAGAGAAGUUGGACAAGCUCAAAGAAGAUGAAGCUGAAGAGCACGAUAUCACCCAGCAAACCAAUGUUAUGCAGGAGUCAUUGGAUAUGCUUCCCCACUGCAAAGCCAAGAUUGAGUCAGCACUAGAAGACCUUAAGGGAGUAAUUGCUGAUCAUGAAGAUACCGACGAAUUCAAAGAUAGUGAAGAAGGCCAAACCGCGGUUGGACUAAUCACAGAAGCCUCUGCUUUCCUCGAAGGUUUGUAAGAGUU